GUUGUAAGCAAUACAAUUUCCAUUGGAGCCACUGAACACAACUCAUCAGCUUUUCAGUUAUAAAGAUCCUCACUCAGUGUUUUUUUCUCCGUUAUUAUUGACCUUUUUGCUUCAUUAUAUAAUUAUGUUUAUGUUGUCAUAAAUUUCACGAUUGAUGAUUGAGAUACCCUACAUACCAUAAUCGAUUUCAUUUCCUCGACACCCCUCCAACACCGUCAGUCCGGACUGCCUGGUACUGUCAUGGCCUUUGGAGACUCGAAACCAUCCUCCGGGACGGAAUCCUCGAAGAAAAAUGCCCCAAUAAUGCCAAGUGGCAAGUCGAACGUCGCGGCGCCGGCCCUUAGUGAGGAUAAUCAUGUAGAGCUCGGUGAUAUGACACCUCCAGAGCGGCCCGCGGAUAUAAUGCAGCUGGCUCGGGUAGGGGACAUUCAAGCGAUGGAAAAGCUAAUCGACAAUGGUACUUUUGAUGCUACGUAUUGUGACGGCGAGGGUAUAACGCCUUUACAUGUGCGACUCGACCCUUUUGUGUAAGAUUUCCCUGGCUAACGGAUUGAAACAGUGGGCGGCUAUUAAUAAUCAGUAUGGCAUGUGCCAAUUCCUUCUGAAAGCCGGUGCAGAUGUGAAUAAGAAAGGAGGAGAGUCCGUAGCUACAGCGGCCAUGUGGGCUGCUCAGAGAUGCCAUUAUUAUGUCGUUCACUUGUUACUGGAAAAUGGCGCCGAUCCUCUGAUUACGGAUGUUCAAGGAUACAACAUUCUUCAUCUUGCUACGUUUGAAGGGAAUAUCUUCCUACUUGUUCUUCUUUUACACCAAAACAUCAAUGUCGACGUACUUGAUACCCAGGGUCACACCUGUUUGAUGUGGGCGGCGUACAAAGGAUUACCAAGUUGUGUGGAUUUGUUUUUAAGAUGGGGCGCGGAUGUUCAUGCUACGGACGAGACUGGAUUUACUGCACUACAUUGGGCGUUGGUUAAGGGCUCCCAGGGCUGCAUACAGAAGUUAAUAGAGUACGGGGCGGAUAGGUUUGCUGAAACCUCGACCGGCAAAACCCCAGCUAUCACCGCUCAAGAGAUGAAGACGGAAAGAAUCUGGCAUAAGGCUCUAACAGAGUGUGGCUACGAUGAGGAUGCCAAGCCGGUCGUUAUCAGCUUCCCUAUGUCUUCGUGGUUGUUGAAGGAUAAGCGUGCAUUCAUGAACAAAUUCUUCUUUUUAUGGCCUUUCCUAAUACUUUGGUCUAUGAUUAUGAUCAGUAGUCAAAUGGUAGUAUUUAUCGGGGUGCCUAUGGCUUUGUUUUUUGGGUAUUCAUUACAGUGGUUGGCCCAGCAAUUAUUAGAGUAUGCUCCUUCAGAUAUGAGGCACCUGCAUAAAACGGUAUGUCCAACGAGAUAUUAUACAUUAGCCCCAAGAGCUUCGCUAAUGACCUCUGUCAAUUAGCCUUGGCUUGCAGGAAUUUUCGCGGCUACAUUGUUUUGGGUUGGCGUAAGAUGGUUAACAACUUUGUUACCAGGUUUGUAAUGCGGAAUUUGCUUCUCAUGGAAUCUAUACUAACAAUUGUUAGCUACCUACGGAACUUAUCCUCUCUCGAAUUUGUUAUUCUUCAGCUUUUACAGUCUUACUGGAUAUUUCUACUUUUGUUCGAUGGUAUACGAGCCUGGUCUUGUGCCAAAGCUGGGUGGUUUAACUCAACAAAAAGCUGUAAUUGAUGAGUUAUUAAGCGAAUGGAAAUUCGACGAGCAAAACUUUUGCGUUCAUUGCAUGGUUAGACAACCCUUGAGAAGUAAACACUGCAGGCGAUGCAAUCGAUGCGUAGCGAAGCAUGACCAGUAAGCUCAAGGUAUCCCACUUUCUUCAAUCUUUUAGCUAAUGUGGUAACCUAGUCAUUGCCCUUGGAUCAACAACUGCGUCGGUGUCAACAACCACAGACAUUUCUUUCUUUAUUUGGUGUGCUUACAGCUUGGAAUUAUCUCCCUAGUCAGAGUCACUAUCGGAUGUAAGUACAAAUCUAAGGUUCUUGAAAUUUAUGCUAAUUAAGGUGAAGAUUUCGAAGGUUUCGCAGGGAAAGGCGAACAAGAAUGUAACAUUCUUUCACCUUCAUUAUGCGGUAUUGUCAAUUCUGACUCCUACACUUUGGUCCUGGUAUUGUGGGCAAUUUUACAAUUAACAUGGGUGACUAUGUUACUGUUCGUCCAAUUGAUCCAGAUCUCGCGAGCAAUGACCACCUGGGAGAAUAUGCGCGGUACACACUCAGGAGGCAAAGCUUCUCAAGCAAUCACAAACGCUCUUACCACAGGUGCUACCUCGCGGUCGGGCGGUCAAAUUGGAAACACUGGACUUGGUCCCGAUCCCGCUUUACCUCCAACUCACGCACCAGGCGGCCAUGGCCAUCAUCACGCCCACAAAGCAGGCUGUUUCGCACAAUGGAAGAAGAUUCUCGGUGUAGACACAUUCGUCGAAACCGCGUUCCAUGGCUACGAAGGAAGCAAAAAUCGACGCCGAGCACCCCAGAACCCAUUUUCUCGUGGUUGCGUCCGCAACUGUAAAGAUUUCUGGUGUGAUCCAGCUCCAAUUUUUGGGAAGAGAGAAAAUGGUGCUGCAAUGUUGGGUGGUCAGGUGAUUAAUUACACCAAGAUGUAUGAGACGCCAUCGAGGAUGGAGAUGAGAAGGGGUGGGGAUGAGGGAGGUGCCUAUGAGAGUGUGGCUGCUGAUGAGGCAGUUUAAAUAAAACAUCAAAACUUUGGGGCUUAGAUGGAGUUGUGGUACCUAGGGAGCAACGAUAGGUUAUGAUUCAUGAAUAAAUUUUGAUUGAUUGUGGAAUUCUUUUUUCCGGUUCUUUCCAUGUUGAUGCUGUUAUGUGAUACUCCGAAUUAUGCUUGAGGUAUAGAAGGGGAAACUGUCGCAGAGUAGAAAGUGCUUCGCUU